AUGUAUUCCUCGGGCAAGUUGGGCAGAGAGCUUGUCUUUGUUAGUUUCUUCAUAUUUUUCUGGACAUGCACAUCUAGUGCUACAUCCGGCGCACUCUCUGAACCUUCCAUUGCUGCACAACAUGAUGCGUGGAUGGUCCAGCAUGGCCGUGUUUAUCCUAAUAGUGCAGAGAAGCACAGACGCCGACAGAUAUUCAAGUACAACUUGGACUUCAUUCAGAAACACAACAACCAAGGAAACAAGAGUUACACUUUAAGCCUAAACCAUUUUGCUGAUUUAACUAACCAAGAAUUCCUCGCGUCUUACACAGGAGCUCUUUAUAACCCACAUACUCUACCACCUUCUUCCAACACUUACCAUAACAUCACUCUCACUGCCGCUGACAUUGAUUCAAGCGUGGAUUGGAGAAAGAGAGGAGCCGUUAACGAAAUUAAGUACCAAGGCCAAUGCGGGAGUUGCUGGGCAUUUUCAGCUGUGGCAACUGUCGAGGGGAUCACCCAAAUAAAAACUGGAACCUUGAUUUCAUUGUCUGAGCAACAGUUGGUGGAUUGUGCCAGCUAUGACGGAUGCCAUGGACAAUCCAUGGAAAGAGCCUUUGAGUAUAUAAAAGGAAAUGGUCUUGUAAGGGAAGAUGAGUACCCUUACACAGGAAGACAAUGGACUUGCCACCGUGUUGGUGGUGUCGAUCUAACCAUGAUUAGAGGUUACCAAAGUGUGCCUCCGCAGAUGGAGGAGGAACUUCUAAAAGCAGUGGCCAACCAACCUGUGUCGGUACUCCUUGAGGCUAAAGGACAAGCAUUUCAGUUUUACUCUGGCGGAGUUUUCGAUGGACGGUGUGGAACUGAACUUAACCAUGCAGUUACUGCAAUUGGGUAUGAUGGGGACGCAAAUGGCAAGUACUGGUUGAUAAGGAAUUCAUGGGGCAAACAAUGGGGAGAGGGUGGUUACAUGAAGAUUAGGAGGGACACUGGUACCCCUGAAGGUCUCUGCGGCAUUAACCUGCAUGCCACUUAUCCCGUAGUUUAA